UGCCUCGUUCACUCUGGCAGUCAGACUCUGACAGGACCAUGGCCCUGAUGCAGGCUCCAGGGGGCCCCAGCCCUGGGCAGACCUGCGCACUGAUCCUCAUCUUCACUGUGCUCCUGCAGGCCCUCUGUGUGGCCGUGACUUACGUGUACUUCACCAACGAGCUGAAGCAGAUGCAGGACAAGUACUCCAAAAGUGGCAUAGCCUGCUUCUUAAAGGACGAUGACAGUUCUUGGGAUGCCAGUGAUGACGAGAGUAUGAUCAACCCCUGCUGGCAUGUAAAGUGGCAACUCCGUCAGUUUGUUAGAAAGAUCAUUUUGAGAACCUAUGAGGAAACCAUUCCUUCAAUUCCAGAAAAGCAACAAAAUAUUCCUCACCUAGAAAGAGCAAAAGGUCCUCAGAGGGUAGCUGCUCACAUAACUGGGACCAAUCGGAGAAGCACAUUCUCAGCUCUAAGCUCCAAGAAUGAAAAAGCUUUGGGCCAGAAAAUAAAUUCCUGGGAGUCGUCAAGAAAAGGACAUUCAUUCUUGAAUAAUUUGCACUUGAGGAAUGGAGAGCUGGUUAUCCACCAAACAGGGUUUUAUUACAUCUAUUCCCAAACAUACUUUCGAUUUCAGGAAACUGAGGCGGUUUUGGGAACAGUUUCAACAGAAGAGAACAGAAAGAAAAACAAACAAAUGGUACAAUAUAUUUACAAAUGCACAGGCUAUCCUGACCCCAUACUGCUGAUGAAAAGUGCUAGAAAUAGUUGUUGGUCUAAAGAUUCAGAAUAUGGACUCUAUUCCAUCUAUCAAGGUGGAAUAUUUGAGCUUAAGGAAAAUGAUCGAAUUUUUGUCUCUGUAACUAAUGAGCAAUUGAUUGACAUGGACCAAGAAGCCAGUUUUUUCGGGGCCUUUUUAAUUGGCUAAAUGAUCUGCAAAGAAAAAACAGUGCCCCCAGAGAGACCUUUCACUUUUCAGAGUGAUAUACUGUGAAAAGACUGCAAAAGAGCUGACAAAAUAAGGCAGCCUGAGCAGAGCAGCCUCAAUCACAAGAUUCUACAACCCAAGCUUUUUUGGUAUCUCUGAAAAGUGACCAACUUAUUCCAAGAAAGAGAAACUGACAAAAGACCUUCUGGGACUCUACCUGAUAUCAGCUUGCUAGCAGAAAUCUAGAAGGUUCUCAGUUUACAAACAUUUGUGUAGCAAUUAACAUCUUCUGCCUUAACCGUCUACUCUUGCGAAGAUACCAGACACUGAAAGGUCACGGUCAGGGUAUGCAGUGUGCCAGGGGAGUUGGUGCAGUGCGGGGCCUUGUGGGGGUUGUUCUGUACCCUCGUACUCUUGGAAAUAAGAAAAUUCCAUUCGAAACCGUAUCAUUUCACUAAACAAAUUAAAGUUGUGUUUAGUGAACAAGGAACUAUUUUCGGUUGGCCAAAAAGUUCGUUCGGGUUUUUACGUAAUCGUAUGUAACCACUCGAACGAACUUUUUGGCCAUCCCGAUAUUUCUGAAUGACAUGUGCUUUUCACUCCCAAAAGUCAGGCUGACCGAAAGCACUGAAGAUAUUUUUGAUAAAAGACUCUAAAAUGAAUGAUAAGCUAAUCAGAAAUCGGGAAUUUGGCCCCUUGUGAGCAGGAGAACUGGGAAAGUGGGAAAAAAAAAAAGAACUGUUUGAUAAUGUAACUUAGGGAUGGGCAAGAAUUAAUUAUGACUCUAUAUUUUUAUACUAAAAUUUUUAAAUGUGUUUCUUUUUCAAUAAAAAUGACAUGUUAAAAUAUGUAGUUUUUGUGUAUCUCGUACUUCUGUUUUAUAGUAGCAAGAUUACUAAUGAUGGGGAAAAGGACUUCUAAUCUCUUUUUCAUGGUAUCCUUUAUCUGACAUGUCUUACAGGAGAAAGAAAGAAACUGCUCACUUUUUAUAUAAUGUGAUUAAAAUAUAUCAGUCCUUUCCUUUAUAGUUAAUGCUUUUGUUAUAAGUUGAAUUGUGUCCCCACAAAAGAUAUGUAGAAGUCCUCCUCCCCAGUACCACAGAAUGUGACCUUAUUUGGAAAGAAGUUUGUUGCAGAUAUAAUUAGUAAAGAUGAGGUCAUAGUGGAAUAGGCUGGGGCCUUAAUAUUGUAUAAUGUGACUGGUGUCCUCAUUAUUUAAAGAAGGAAAUUUGGAAACAGAAACAGAGACCCACAGGGAGAACUCCAUGUGGCAACAGAGGCAGAGAUUGGAGUGAGGGAGUUGCAAGCAAGGAGCUCCAAGGAUUGACGGCCCUCGUCAGAAGCUCAGGAGACAAGAAAAGAUUCUACCCAGAGCCUCAGAAAUCUACUGACACCUUGACUUUGGACUCCUGGCCUCAAGAACUGUGAGAGAAUAAAUUUCUGUUGUUGAAAGCCACCCAGUCUUUGGCACUUUGGUUCAGCAGCCCGAGGAAGCUAAUACAGCUUUGUACACUAUGUUCAAGAAAUCUUUUUUUACUGAUGUCUCACAGAUAUCACCAUCUAUAUU